UUGAAUAAAAACGAAAGUAAAACCAUGUUUUUGUGUAAAAAGACGUGGAUAUUGACAAACAGAGAAAUCACAUGGAGCACUUUGAAGAAAGCGCUAUCCACCAUGGCUGACUCAGUCCUGCAUGGUUAUGAUGAUACUCAGGUGGCGUUGAUGGGAGAGGAGUGUAUCCUUAUCGACAGGAACGACAACGUUACAGGGUCUGCAUCAAAGAAAACAUGUCAUCUGAUGGAAAAUAUAAAUAAAGGUAUGCUGCAUCGGGCUUUCAGUGUUUUUCUCUUCAACUCUGAUGGCCAUCUACUACUGCAGCAAAGAUCCCAGGCCAAAAUCACAUUUCCUGGUCACUUUACCAACACCUGUUGUAGUCACCCUCUCCAUACCCCAGCUGAGCUUCAGGACAAUGGAGCAAUAGGGGUGAAGAGAGCAGCACAAAGGAAACUUCAGCAUGAACUCGGGAUUGAUCCCAAACAGCUUUCAAUAGAUAACCUCCAUUACCUGACUAGAGUGCAUUAUUUAGCGGAGAACGCCCCAGACCGGGGAACGUGGGGGGAACACGAGAUUGACUACAUACUGAUCGCCCAGAAAGAUGUAGAUGUCACGCCUAACCUCAACGAAGUCGAGAGCUACACUUACGUCAGUCAAGAACAGCUGAGAAAGAUGAUAGAGAAAUCACAGGAAGGAAACUUGUUGAUAACUCCCUGGUUCAGACUAAUAGCAGACAGACUUCUGAUGGGAUGGUGGAACAACUUACACAACAUACAGCAGUGCAGGGACUCUCAGAUCCACAGAUUCUGUGAUCAGUGACUACAAUGGGCAUUUCAUAGAGAUUUUUAUGAAAGAAUUUCUUAAUUCCAUUAUAAAGGUUAUAAUGGAAUUUGUUUGGGGAUUCUAAACCCAUGGUUAGUCUUGUUACUUAUUAUUGAAUCUUGAACCUUAUGUGUACGCAGUUCCAGAAAAGUGAGUGCGCAUCUUCACUAAUAAUGUGAAAAUGAUUUGAUUGAAGGAUAAAUUAUUAUGGGAAAUCUUUAAGAUAAUAUGCCCCAUGAAUGUGUCAUCUUUUUUUACAAUCCACAAAAACUGAGCCCAACAAAUUGAUUGCACAGCAUUAUAAACUAAUGACUACUGGCUCUGUAAUAUAUAUAAAACUGCUAUAUAUUAAUGUUGAUAUGUUCGAUGAUGUUUUCAUGAGUUGUCUUUCUUGCUUCAUAUGUUUCAGACAUUCACAAAAUUCAUAUUUUGAAUCUGAAUUUUUUUUUAUUUUAUCAUACCGAUACUCAAUAUAUAUUUUGCAAUAUCUUCAUAUUAAUAUUUAUAUGCAUAUACAUACAUAACAUACAUAACUUUACCCAUGUUUAUAUUUCUCUGAAAUUGUGUUUACACUGCCUGACUUUAGUUUAUAUUAAAUUUUUAUUUACUUUACAUGACAAAAACUGAAUUCAUGAGAUCUCGACAUACACAUGUAUGUUAUAUUUGAUAGUUAUACUGGUUAUUUUUAAGCUAAAUUUCAAGCUCUUAAAUUUCUUACCAAAACAAUUUUAUCAGUUUCUCUGAGUUAAUACAAUAUACUUCCUUUUAAACA